AUGAGAACUCUAUGGUGGAUUUCUUCUCUGGCAUAUUUUGUGUCUUUUGUCAAUGUUGGGUACGGGUACGGCUGUAUCAGUCAGUGGUGUGAUACAUGUCUUCCUGCAAAGGUUCACGAUGCACCUGGGGUUGGCUUUGAUCUGACCCCCUUAUACGGGACAGCCGUGGUACACUACUAUAAUGGAACUGUUGUCGAGGUUGCCAAGGUUCUAGGGAGUCCGGAGUACCUCGAACUCAUGGCACGUCUGGCUACCAUAUCUAAGCCGUUUCCUAACUCAACCCUCGGUUUUAUAAGUGGACUCUCAUUACGAUUAGUGGAAAAUCUCCUCCCGGAGGUAUCGUCGCCGUGGAGAGACUGGUGGCGUUGGCUGAAUACGAAACUCGGUCGACCGGUCAAACCAGAUGAGGUCGAAAUCAUUAGUGAUUUACUCCAGCAAUUGAAAGUCUUAACCGAAAAAAAAAUAUCCCAGCCUCUCGAUAGAGUUGCCGUUACGGAUCCCGGCUUCCAGUCUCUUAAAUCAGUGACACUCAACGCUGCACUUCGAAUGUCAGAUUUACGCACAUGGGUAGGCGACAGCAUUUAUUACGCAAAUCGGAUAGUGGAAGGAGAUGCUGUUUAUGCAGCGAACGGUUAUGGACUAUGUGCCGAUUACCUGGAUCUAUCCCAUUGCAGUGACGAAUUUGCAGAGUCACCUGAUCCUACUGUGCUUCUUGUUUCCUAUAACCGCAAUCUCUUAUAUACUAGCAUUGUGGAAGGUGACACUGGUGAAGCUUUUAGUCGGAUUACUCGUGUUGAGGCGCAGCUCGUAGAUUACGAGCUUGGGCUAGACCGUCUUCUCGAAAAAGACGAAGCCAUAUUAUGGGACCGCCUUCGUUCACAACUCCAGAUCCUCCCUCGGGAGUUCGAACAUCCUAUUACGCAUCUCGUUUUAGCAGGCGAGAGCGUAACGCACCCUCGCUUCCUGACUACCUUGAGGGAUUCCAUAUCUGAACUCUCGCCUGAUGUUGUCAAUAUCAAACUCGCAAUGGAUCCAACUUUCGCUGCGGCUCGUGGUGCGGCACUAUACGCCCGAAGGCGCCAAGAGGUGCAGAGCAACUGCACGGAACGGAGUGAAUGCGAAGAGACGAGGUUGCACGAGCGAGUGUACACUUCCACGCAAGAGGGUCUGCGCUCUAGACGGGAGGAGCUGCGCUGA